UCAGCCAGAGUCUCAUUCUGGAUAGUUUGGCGCCUGAACGGUGCAUGUCUGAGUUUUAGAGUUUAAAAUAUGUUUUAUGGUAGCUUUAUGUAACUUUAGGGGUCAUUUUUUUCCCCUGCCGUGUAAUAGUCGCCUCAAAAACAGUACAGGUUUCUGUUUUAUGUUAAUAUUAUUAGAGUGCUACAGUUAGUGUAGGGUAAUUAGCCUCUGCUGUGCUCCAUGCUAAACAAGUGAUGGAUAGCUUGAUGGACGAAGUGAGGCAAGAGUCACCAUGGAACAUGAUGUUUGCAGAUGAUAUGUGGUGAAAAGAGGAGGGAGAGAUGAAGGUAUGGAUUGGAACGAAGAGGAAUGAAGACGGCACAAAACCGAAGCAGGCAAUGACCUCACAGAGAGAAGGCACAACCUCUCUUAUUGACAAGACCAUGAAGAUGAGGAGAGAGGACCAGGAGCGCCAGGUUCUCCUGGCCUGGGCUGUUCUCAACGUCUCUCUGGCUGGAAUGCUUUACACAGAAAUGUCAGGAAAACUGCUCAGUAGAUACUAUAACAUAACUUAUUGGCCCAUCUGGUACAUUGAACUAGCCUUGGCCUCUCUGUUCAGCCUGAAUGCUGUGUUUGAUUUUUGGAAGUACUUCAAGUACACCAUGGCACCGUCAACUGUUGCUAUCUCUCCUGAGCAACAUCGGCUCCUCGGCCUCCGCGACUCUGGAAUUCAGGCUUCUCCGCCCCAGAAGCCAGAGAAGAAGGAGAGUCCAGUGGCUUCCCAAUCAUCUCCACUGCAGGGACAGAACGUGCUCAGUUUCAGCCCUGCACGGCCCCCCAGCACCAGUCCAAAGUUCUCCCCCAGCUGUGUGUCUGGGUACAGCCCACCCCUGAGCACCCCUUCUUCACCAGGCAGUGGCAGAGCCUUUUCCCCUUCUAUGGCAUACGGCAAGGUACUGAACUACAGUCCAUCGACCAGCUCCUCGCCUUACCCGAGCAGCCUGGGCCCAGCAGAAGGCACCAGUUUACGAACACGCUAUCGCACAUCCCCUUCUGUUUUUAGCUCUCCUGGAGGGAAGGAAGACUACAUGGAUGACCUUAAAUCUUUGGAGAAAUUCCUUCGUUCAGAGGAAGAGAAGAGCCACCAUAGCCAUCUGGGGAGCCCAGAGUCGACGUCUUCAUCACACAGUCCAACCUUCUGGAACUACAAUCGCUCUGUGGGUGAUUAUGCUCAGAGCCUGAGGAAGUUCCAGUACCAGCCGGCCUGUCGCUCACAGGCUCCCUCUGCCCACAAAGACGAAACUGAACUGGGAUCCAAACAAGCUGCUGAGGAGGUCUGGGCACGGAUCACAACCAGUCGUGUGGUGACUGAUAGCAUUGACAGCUGGACUGCCAAAUUAAGAAACUGGAUAAACGAUACCAUUCUGGUUCAUCUGGUUAAAGAAAUAGAUUCUAUCAACAGCCAACUCCGGCGAAUGGGCUGCCCGGAGUUACAGAUAGGAGAGGCCAGUAUCAGCAAUCUGAAACAGGCUGCUGUAGUCAAAGUCUCUGCCAUUCCCACCCUCAACACUAUAGUGCAGUACCUGGACAUCACAUCCAACCAGGAGUAUCUGGUAGAGAGAAUCAAGGAGCUGGCUCACAGCGGCUGCAUGAGCUCCUUUCGCUGGAGUGGUGGAGGGAACCUGAAGAACCGGAAAUGGGAUACAGAUCUCCCAACUGACUCUACUAUCCUCAUGAAUAUUCUGUGCACGUACCUGGACUCCAGACUUCCUCCUCACCCAAAGUACCCAGAUGGGAAAACCUUCACUUCUCAGCAUUUCAUUCAGACUCCAAACAAACCAGAUCUUUCCAAUGAGAACCUCUUCUGCAUUCACCAAAGUAGCAUCAACCCACCUCACUAUCAGCUUGUGUAUCAAGGACACAUUUACAGCCUGCCUAAGGGCAGAAACAAUCUGUUCCACACAAUCCUCAUGUUCCUUUACAUUAUCAAAUCCAAGGAGUCUGGGAUGCUGGGAAGAGUCAACCUGGGGCUCUCAGGGGUCAACAUCCUUUGGAUAUUUGGGGAGUAAUACUUAACCAUAUUAUAACUGAGUAAAUACAACUCGGAAAUGCUCACAUAGUGAGUAAUAGAUUGUAUGUGGUUAUAAUUUAAUACUGGGUUUUGUUUUUUUUUCCUCCCCUGUGCUUUGGUGAAACAGCUGCAUAGUUCUUUGGUUCCUAAAGCAAAUCCAGCCCAGAAUCAGACACUGUUUUCAGUUGUGACACACUCUCUACAUCAAAAAAUUGUGUUACAGAACAACUAAACAGAGAAACUCGUUGUAUUUUGACACGGAAAAUAAUUUGCAUGUGAGACAGCUUUGUUUGAUACAAAGCUGUAGAAUUUUUCAGGCUUGAAUGUGUGAAAUUGUGGAAUUUUUUUUUUAUCUGUGUAAGUUGUUUACUAGAGCUUUAGUGAAUUGUUUGUAGGCAUGAACAAGUAUUAUCUCUGCUGUAUUUCAUUCUCACCGCGUUUUGUACACGCCAUCAUUAUUUAUAAAAAUGAACUGCUUCAAUAACAGGACCCAGAUGUUGUACACGAUGCUCACUUUUCACUGGUUAGGAGUUUUUGUGGAAUUUUUCUACAUGCAGGAGUUCUGAUUGAUUACCAAUCAAGGAGUGCUGUGAGAAAAAUAUUUCAGUAACAAACUCCCAUGGUUGCUUUUGGUUAUGCCGUAUACUGGUGAUGUGCUUUGCUCUUUCUACAGUUAGUCAUCACACUUGGAACAGAAAGGAAGAUUUACUUCCCAACGUGAGAUGAUUUUCUCCUUCAGGAAAGGUGGUGCAUGUGUGUGGGGAACAGUUAUCACACUCUCUCUCUAAAUGUUUUUUUUUUUUUUUUUUAAAUCAAAUAAUGAUGCACAAAGGUAAAUUGCUCUUUUCUAUGAUCUGACUUGAAUAUAUUACACAUGCCAUGUUAUGGAGCAUUUAAUUGUGUCUCUUGCUUCUCUUUUACUGCUUGAUGUUUAGCAUGUACAGUGCCUGCCACAAUUAUUGGCCCCCUUGUAAAGAUUAUUAGUAAAAAGGGUUGGGGAGUAAAAUCCACCUUUUGGUAAAGUAGCUUCGUCUCUUGGUGAAAAAAUGAGAAAUCCACCCUUUAACUGAAAUUAAUUUUAUUCAGAGAAAAACAAAUCCCUCAAUUCUUUAAAAAAUAUAUUUUUUUUAACAAAAACACAUGCCACUGUUAUUGGUACCCCUGCAUUUAAUGCUUUUUACAACCUCCCCUUGCCAGUAAAACAGCACUGAGUCUCCUAUAACAUUUUAUAAGGUUGGUGAUACAGAGCAGGGCACCUGAGACAUUCCUCUUUACACAAUCUCUCCAGGGUCUGAGGCCCCCUCGUGUACUUUGUCUUCAGCUCACCCCACAGGUUUUCAGUGGGGGACUGAGAUGGCCAGGACAGAAGCUUGAUUCUGUGGUCAGAUAGCCAUUUUUGUGUUGAUUUUAGACAAAUGCUUCAGAUCAUUGUCCUGCUGGAAGAUCCGAUGACAACCCAGUUUUAGUUUCCUGACAGAGGCAGCCAGGUUUUGAUUUAAAAUGGCCUGGUGUUUCAUGGAGUCCGUGAUGAUGCCAUGGAAAAAGGUUUCCAGGGCCUUUGGAGGAAAAUCAGCCCAAAAACAUCACAGAACUUUCACCAUAUUUUACAGUUGGGAUUGAGUUCUUUUCAUUAUAGCCAUUCUUUUUACACCAAAUCUACCUGGAGUAUUUAUUGCCAGAAAGCUCCAUUUUUGUUCCAUCAGACCAGCGAACACGGUUCCAGUCAAAGUUGUAGUAGCGUUUCACAAACUCCACAUGCUUACAUUUGUGGUUAACUGACAUAAAAAGCGCCCUUUUUUUUUUUUUUUGGCAAACCUUCCAAACAAUCUGUUUGCAUGGUGGUGGGUGGCGUCUGAUGGUGUCUCUUUUGCCUCUUACCAUCCUCCUCACUGUAUGUGGGGGCAAAACAAACCUGGGUUGUCUUUCAGGCAAGUCUGUAACUGUUCCAGUUCACUUUUUUUUUUUUUUUAAUUUAUUUUUAUCGCCCUAACAUUAGAAAUGGACAUUCUCAGGCAAGUAGUGUGGGUUUUAUUUAUUUUUUUAAUUAAUUUAUUUUUUUUAAUGACAUUUCCUGACUUGUGAAGGUCAACACACUUCUCCCUCAUUUGGUUUGUGUGUUCUCUCAUCUUUCCCGUGCUGAUGGAACACUAAGGGAAUUUGGCCUCUGUCACCUCAUGUUUGUCCCCCAGUUAAUCAGGAAGUCAUGGAUUACAGCUUGAAAGUUCCUACACACUCCAAUCAACUACGAUUUAAAUGGGAAACAUACUUCAGUUAUAUUGUGUUCACUAUAAUUUCCAGGGGUGACAAUAAUAGUGGCACGUAUCUGCUAAAAAGACUUGUGUGGGGUUUUUUUUGGGGAGACUGUUUUGAUAUGCAAUAAAUGAACAUUUGUAGACUA